AAAAUUAAUCUUAACAUCAGAUAUUUUUAUUCAAAAUGAAUAUCCAUUCCCAAACGAUGGAAUUUCAGUUAUGGUUGGAUUUCGAUUUUCAAUCAUUCCGAUGCCUGAACCAUUGAUUCUUAUAUCAAGAUAUGCAAUUAUAUCUGAUGGAAAGAUUCAGAUUUAUGAAUAUAAGUUUAUUUCUGAAGAAGCUGAUAAAGCUUUCGGCGAUGAACAAUUUUGUGACCCGAUGAAAGAAUUUGAAUUUUUUAGAAAAUGUUGUGCAGACAUUGAAAAUUGUGUCGAAUCAUUCGGAAUCAAGAUUCAUUCGGAGCCAUUCGAAACAAAUGCAACAUUACUUUUUCAUCCAGAAAUUGUUCCAGACUCUAUGGAUAAACCAUUCUACAAUAAACCAUCACAUACAAUAGAAUUUGCUAUUCUUUGUUUUCAUCCAUUCGAUUCAAAUAAAAUGGAAAAAUUUGAAGAAUCAUUUGUUGAAAAAGCAAAAAAAUUUGGAAUGAAUUUUGAAAAAUGUUUCGAAACACAAUUUGUUGACAUUCAAAAUGAUUCAGAAAUUGCUACAGUUUUUCAAAAUUUGAAAAUUCGUAAUAUUCAUUUUGUUUUCAUUGGUCUUUCUGCACAUUCUAGAAACGAUUAUGUUUUUGAAAAGAUCAAAUCUCAUGCAACUAGUUGCCAUGGGCUAGUCACUCAAAUAUUUAUAGUUGAAAAACUAGAUUGGAAUGUAGAUAUUCCAGAAUUUUUCGACAGUUUAGCAUUUAAAUCUUGUUUGAAACUAGGUGGUAGACCAAAUAUAAUCGAUCCUAAUUAUUGGAACACUUUUCCUUUUGAGCCACAAUCUACUAUGAUAGUCGGAACUUCUUUUAAACAAUUUAAGCUGGAUAAUAUUAAAGAAAAUAUUUUUUUGCAUUCAAUUGUAACAUCAUUGGAUACGGAUUUCUGUCAAAACAUUUGCAUCGAACGUUUUUCAAUAAAACCAAACGAUGAACAACUUUUUGAAGAAAUGUUUCGAAAUUCAUUACAGGAAUAUCAGAAAGAACAUGGCAAAUAUCCCAAGAAUAUUAUUAUAUUUCAUGGAAAAAGAUAUACCGAUUUAAAAUCUGCUGCUGAAUCAAUCGAUGAACAAAUAAAAAUGACAAGCUUUUCGGUAGAUAAAUUCACACCUAUUCGUUUUAUCAAGAAUAAUGACGAAAAAGUUCCAAUCGGAACUUGUGUUAAAUUGCUUCAGCUUGACGGUUCACAAAAAGAGUUUGUCAUUUGUACUGAGAUCGGUGCUGAUGGUGGGCGAUGCAAAACAACAAAAUAUACAGUAAUCAAUGAUGAUUCAGGAAUGUCUGAUAUUCAAAUCAAACAUCUUUGUUAUGCAAUGUGUCAUUUUUAUUUUGAUAAUUUCUAUAUCAACGAUGUACCAUUUACACUUGAAUUGGCUGAAUAUUUUGCAAAAUCAGCAAUUACAAGAUGCAUUGGUCGAAAUGAACUCAAUCCAAUAGACUCGAUUGAAGAAAUUAUUGAAAAAUUUUCCCGUAAAAUUCGUAUUCAUGGUUAUCUUGAAUAUCCUGUUGAUGAUUAGUAAUCUUUUUCCAAAAUAAAAGAUGAUAAAAAAAAUUUUUACAAAAAAUACAUUUAAAACAAUUGUUAUAUGCAUAUUAAAUAAAACUUUUUGA